AUUCCAACAUGAAGGGCUAUAUUCAUAGCAUUUCUCCAGUGAAAAAUGCAAAAUCCUCCAACAGAAGGUACUUCAAUUUCAUAGUGCAGGAAAAGGAGAGCGUGGUUCGUGCUGUAUGUUUUACACCAACUAAACACACAGAGCUUCAUACUUUGCAGCAGACGAAAUCUCCAGUAAGUGUAUCCAACUUUGUCAAAACAUCUCAAGGUGAUGAUGUCAUCUUCAACCACUAUACAAAAAUAACCCCUUUGGAUUCAACCAAGGUCGACUUUGUGUAUUCCGACAAGUUAUCAACAACAGAAAUGGUAAAGAGCAUUUCAGCUUGUAAUGAGUUAGCCAAUGAACAACUCAUCUCGUUAAAAGCACAAGUGGUGCAAAUUACCGGUGCGAAAAGGAUUCAUACUCAGCAUCAAG